AGACCAGUGUGUUUAGAGUGGAGCCACAUUUGCACCAAACUAUAAACCAAUUCAUUUUAUUGUUCUCACGUGGACAAACGAAAAAAUAACAAUAGUUUGCAAACACAAGAUAAUUUUAAAUAUUUGUGUAUUUGAUAGAAAAUGGCAAAUGAAGGAGAAAUCAAGGAUAAAUCGAAGCUAGUUAAAUUGUUUUUGAAACAUCAAGGUUUGGUGAAACAACAUAUAGAUUCUUACAACUAUUUUAUUAAUAAAGAAAUAAAAAAUAUUGUUAUAGCAAAUGAUCUAGUUUUGAGUGAUCAAGAUCCUAAUUUUUAUCUCAGGUACUUGAAUAUAGAAGUAGGUUUGCCUGAAAUUGAAGAUGGCUUUAAAAUACCACAAUCAAUUACACCACAUGACUGCCGCUUAAGAGAUUUAAAUUAUUCAGCUCCAAUUAAAGUAGAUAUUGAGUAUAUACGAAACAAUCAAAGAAUAAUAAGAAAAAAUUUGUUACUUGGAAGGAUGCCAAUAAUGUUACGCAGUUCAAACUGUGUGCUAACUAACAAAUCUCAAUCUGAGUUAGCUAAAUUAAAUGAGUGCCCACUUGAUACUGGUGGUUAUUUCAUCAUAAAUGGUCAAGAAAAAGUUGUAUUGAUACAAGAACAAAUGGUAAGAAACAGAAUCAUUUUAGAAGAAGAUGGGAAGGAUGUUCUUGCUACAUGCAACAGUUUUACUCAUGAGAGAAAAACUAAAACAACUAUAGUAGGGAAAAAUGGAAGAUAUUAUGUAAGACACAAUAUCUUUCAAGAAGAUAUACUGGUUACUGUCUUUUUUAAAGCUAUGGGUUCAAUAAGCGAUCUAGACAUUAUGCAAAUGGUUGGAACAAGUGACAGAUAUCUGAACAAAUUUGCAGCCUGUUUAGAAGAGUGUCAAGAAAUGAAAAUCUUUUCACAGAAUCAAGCAUUGCUGUAUCUCAAUAGUAAACGACAGAUGCAAAAAACACCUUAUAAAAAAAAUCAUUCAGAUUCCUAUCAGUAUAUUGUAGAUGAAAUGAAAGAUAUCUUAGCGCUAAACUUUUUGUCUCAUGUACCUGUAAAAAACUUCAGUUUUCAUCUAAAGUGUCUGUAUCUUGCUUUGAUGGUCAGAAGAGUUAUUAAUGCGCAGUUUGAUCGCAAUCUAAUUGACGACAAGGAUUUUUAUGGUAAUAAACGCUUGGAACUAGCUGGUUCUCUUCUUGCUCUGAUGUUCGAAGAUUUGUUCAAAAAAUUCAACAAAGACCUCAGACAGAUUGCGAAUAAGAACAUUCCCAAGAUAAAAGCUGCGCCAUUCGACAUAGUCACACAUAUGAGACCUGAUCAUAUAACAAACGGCUUAAAUUUCGCAAUAUCAACUGGUAACUGGGUAAUCGAGAGAUUUCGAAUGGAGAAGCACGGGGUGACACAAGUGUUGUCACGACUUUCGUAUAUUUCGGCACUUGGCAUGAUGACACGAGUAAAUUCCCAGUUCGAAAAGACUAGAAAGGUAUCCGGUCCACGAUCUUUGCACGGAUCUCAAUGGGGAAUGUUAUGUCCUAAUGACACUCCUGAAGGUGAAGCUUGCGGUCUGGUAAAGAAUUUGGCUCUGAUGGCUCACAUAACAACAGAAGUGCCAGAAGAAUCGUUAAUACAGUUAGUGCUUAAUCUUGGCGUAUUUAAUAUUCUUAUUUUUGGCGGCGAAGAAAUAGCUGAAGAAAAUGUAUAUACCGUCUUUGUAAACGGUAAUUUAGUGGGUAUUACGGAGGACUAUAAAACUCUAGUAAAGUACUUCAGAUUGUUACGCAGAAAAGGAAGAAUCAACUGCUUCGUAUCAAUAUCUGUACAACAUAAGAUUAAGUCUAUUCAAAUCAGUUCGGAUGGCGGAAGAUUGUGCAGACCGUGCAUUAUUGUCAAAGACGGAAAACCGCUUCUUGAAAAGAAGCACAUGGAAAUGCUCGAGAUGAAUCUUUACACCUUCAAUGACUUUAUCUUAGCUGGGGUGAUUGAAUAUCUAGAUGUUAAUGAGGAAAAUGAUAGCUAUAUUGCAUGUACAGAAGCUGAUCUCACUGCGGAACACACACACUUGGAAAUUGCUGAGUUUCCUAUUCUGGGUGUGUGUGCUUCUACAGUACCGUUUCCGCAUCAUAAUCAAAGUCCAAGAAAUACUUAUCAAUGCGCUAUGGGUAAACAGGCGAUGGGUGUCAUUGGAUACAAUCAACGUAAUCGCAUCGAUACGGUGAUGUAUAAUCUGGUGUAUCCGCAGAAACCUUUAGUGAAGACACGUGGGAUGGAUUUGAUUAAUUACGACAAAUUACCAGCGGGUGAAAAUGCAAUUGUGUGUGUUAUGUCAUAUAGUGGUUACGACAUAGAAGAUGCGCUUGUUUUCAAUAAAGCCUCCGUUGACAGAGGAUACGGUAGAUGUUUGGUAUAUCGAAAUGCAAAGUGCACAAUAAAAAAAUAUGCAAAUCAAACUUCUGACAAGUUUAUGGGACCGUUAUUAGAUGCCAAUACUAAGAAACCUAUUUGGAAGCACGAUAUUAUCGAAAACGAUGGUAUUGCAGCACCUGGUGAAAUGGUGGAAAACAAACAAGUGUUGGUAAACAAAUCAAUACCAGUACCUAGUGGAAAUAUCGGUCCGGUAGGUUCUAGCAAUGUACAAACGGAGUAUCGUAAUGCAGAAGUUCACUAUAAGAAUCUAGUGCCUGCAUAUGUAGAGAAAGUUAUGAUAUCUACUAAUACAGUCGAUAGUCUUCUAGUGAAAUUAUUGUUGAGACAAACCCGUAGACCUGAAAUUGGUGAUAAAUUCAGUAGUCGUCAUGGUCAGAAAGGUGUUAUAGGUACAAUUGUUGAACAAGAAGAUAUGCCAUUUAAUGAUCAGGGUAUUGUACCUGAUAUCAUUAUGAAUCCGCAUGGUUUUCCAUCUCGAAUGACAGUUGGAAAACUAUUAGAGGUACUUGCCGGCAAAGCAGGCGUUGUAAGCGGAAAAUUUCAUUAUGGGACAGCGUUUGACAGUGACAAAGUAGAGGACAUGUGUGAAGAAUUACAAAGUCAUGGUUUCAACUACUUAGGUAAAGAUUUCUUUUAUAACGGUAUGACUGGGCAGCCUCUGCAAGGAUAUAUCUUUUCUGGUCCUGUUUAUUACCAAAAGUUGAAACACAUGGUGCAAGACAAAAUUCAUGCUCGCGCCAGGGGACCACGAGUAGUAUUAACGCGACAACCAACAGAAGGACGUUCCAGAGAGGGCGGUUUACGUCUAGGUGAAAUGGAACGUGAUUGUUUGAUCGGUUACGGAGCCAGCAUGUUGUUAGUGGAGCGGCUCAUGAUAUCAAGUGACGCGUUUAAAGUUGAUGUUUGUAACAAGUGCGGUUUGAUAGGAUAUAACGGUUGGUGUCAAAGAUGUAGUUCCAGUUCGUCUGUUUCCACAAUUACAAUGCCUUAUGCUUGUAAAUUACUGUUUCAAGAACUACAAUCCAUGAAUGUAGUACCUCGUCUGACAGUAAAAGAUUAUUGCGACUGAUUAAACUUUUUAGUAAAAUUGUAUAUAUUGUUUCUUUUUUUACGAUGUUUUUCUCUUUUUAUGAUUUUUCUUCAACGUUUUUGUCGAACACAUUUGACUAUUUGGAAUCAGUAAUGCUACUUUUUUCAGGAAGCAAAUAUAUAUCCAAUCAAUGAAAAUAUGUAUAAUUUAACUUUAUUAUAACUAACUUUAUUCUACACUUAUCUAAUAUUUUUUGUAUUUUUUACAGUCAAAUGUUUUAUAUUAAUAAAGUUAUAUUACUAAAUUUAUUUGAGAUUUUACUCAAACACUUAGAAGUUUACGUUAUGUUUUAAGUUUUAAGGUAGUUCUUGUGCGACUCAAGAGGCACGGUAGUGCCUCGCGCGAAGUUUACGAAGUCGCGCGCAAAGGCACAAGGCACUUCGUGCCUUUUUUAUGUGAAACUGAUAUUUUAAUGAAAUAUUGAGAAAAUGAAAUCGUGAUAUUUUAGUAACGAAUAAAUCGAUCGACUUCGUUUUAGUCGCAAUCGAUUCGGAAUGAAAAGAUGAAUAAAAAAGUGUUCUUGUGUUUUUUGUGUCUGUGCUUUGUGAUCGAAGAUAUUUGAAGAUAAUCCUAAAAAUGUGUUGAAUUCACAUUAAGAAACGUGGUCAUCGCUAGAUCUUCACAAGUCAUCGCAUGUGUGCAUGUUUUUUCGCCACCAGAUGGUUGCAUGUACGAGCAUGUUGAAAGAAGGAAAAGAAGAGAUUUAUUAUACCCUCACUAUGCACUUUUGGAAUUUUCUUCGCGUCGCAGGUCCCAGGAGUUGAGCGGUUUCACGAGUGUCAAAACAACAACAAAAAAUUUGAAGUGUAGUUAAGUUCAGUGAGUAAAAAUAAAUAAGUUAAAGGUGAAACAUUGAAUAAAGAGUAAAGGAAGGAGCAUUUGCCCGAAAAAGUGAAGCCAGAAUCAAACAAGCUAUAACGUCACAAAUGACGUCACUAGUGGCGCUAAAUUUUUAUUGCCUAAGUUUUUCAAUCAUAUCUGAAAUCCAUUCACAAAAUAAU